CCUGUGUGAGUCAGUGUGGAAUACAGCACCAGCUAAUGGUGGAAAAAAUGGCACAAAAUGAAACAAAUCCUUUUCUGGAAAUACAAAAAUCGCUUAUCUUUGGUGAUAUGAUUCUAGCCUUCUGUUUAUCUGUGCUUGUGGGUCUGCUGCUGGGUGCUUUGAUCUACGUUCUGUUGACCUGGGCAUCCAGGCGCCAGGCUACAGCCAGGAUCACCAGGCGCUCCAAAAAGAAAUCUGGCACUUCGCAAACACGUGACCCCAUGAGCAGCCAGAUGGGCUUAUAUAGAAGCACUUUCCUGAGUGUCUACAGACAGCCCUCUCUUGAACCAGUAGGCCCUCUGGGCUGUAAACCUGGGGCAGAGACAUCCACUUUUCGCCCACUGGUCAAGAAGAGCAGGCCUGGACUGGACAUGCCAGAUGACACCCAGGUAAUCAUGUCCGAGGACACAAUAGCUUCAAACUCAUCUGACACAGCAUCCCUUGAGCCAAACAAGAGACAUUCUUUCUGGUUGGGAAGCAAUGGGCUUAAAGGAUUCCUCCCCUCACAGACCCCCCCUCCUGCUUAUGACAGUGUCAUCCAUGCUUUCGAGGAGACUUGCACUUAAAGCUGUCGGCUUGAAAAGAAGUAUAGAGACAGCACAAACUCCUGGGGUAACAGUGGACUUUCCUGUGCUUUGGACUUGACGAGGCCAGCCUCUGCCGUGUUCUCGUCUGAAUUUGAUGCAUUCACUGGCGUGAAAACAAAACAACACAUUUUCUCAGAGUUUUUAUGUAACUGUCUUUUGGCUGAAAGUUGUAUUUAAUGAUUCUGGCACACUUUCUGGUGGGAUCAGUUGAGUAUGCUGCAAAAAGUAACCGGUAAAUGUACACAAAUUGUUAAUGUAAGAUUUUGGAAAGUUAGGAUAGCUUUUUGUGGUUUAUUAAAUGUUCCUCUGUUCUUGAUCUAUGUUUUACCGUGUAAAAAUUUCAGGAGCCUCUUUUCACAGUUUUUGUUUUGCGUCAUGGAAAAAGUCAGUGUUGGGUGAUUGGUCUGUAUUGUAGGCACACCAGUUAAGACUUUUUUUUUUACUAUAGAGCCAUGUUAUUGUAAUUAUGUUGAGGAUCCACUUGAGUGUUGUCUUGCAGUCAUAUGCAAAUGCUUAUGAGAAAAUACUUCACCUUAAUGAAUGACAUUCUGGCUGGUCCCUCUCACUUUGAAUUUAGAAGAUGUAGCAAGCACCUACAUUUCCCAAAAAGUCCAUGUUAUCAUACGGGCCUGCCUAAGCCAUUUGUUUAUUGUUAAGAUGUUAUUUCUUUUUUCCUGGUUAAAUUGCGGAUGUAAUGGUAAUCUGUGUCAAUUCACACAUACAAUAGAACCAAUAAAUUAUAUGGAGCUGCCAUUGUUGAGUGUUGUCACACUUAAAACCCAAAUAGGGAGUAAGAGUGGCUGAUUUUUCAGACGUUUUGUGCUUUGACCACCAACAGA